AUGUCAGCAGAGGAAUCUGUCGACAAUGGCGCCGACAAUGGCACUGAGAAGAAAGAACCCCCCAAGAAGCGAGGGCUGCCCUCAUUGCUCAACCAUUUCAAUGGCAAUGAUCUUAAGACUCUUUUCCGCUGUUCCAUAGCAGCUUGGGUUGCUUCCCUUUUGACAUUCAUUGAGCCGUCUCUUCAAAGCAUUGGUAUUUCUACCUUUUUUGCCGCCUUGGUUCUCUUUGUCACCCCGCCUGCUGGCAUCCUUCUCAUCUACCUCCUUGGAUCCCUAUCGCUCCUUUUCGGUAUGUGUUUAGCGUGGGCUUGGGGCAUCUUGACUAUGAAGGCUGCAUUGGCUGCCCGUCCAUCCUCGGAUACACAAGCACAACUCCAAGCCCUACAGCAGGCUGCCGUCGCUCAGGCGCAGAGCACCGGCCAAAAUGCAACGGUCAUCAGCAAGAUACUGGUCUACGAAGGUCAUAUGCUGGACGCCCGCGUGACGGUUGUAUACUAUGUCAUGUCACUUGCGUUCAUCUACUUCAUGUCACGCUUGCGAGCAAACAACGUCAAGCUAUUACUUCUUCAUCUCUUCGGCAACAUUGUUAUCGAUGUCUUUUUGCUAACUGGGCCGCUUCUCCCGACCUUCACUCCGCUCCUAGGGCAGGUACUGGUGAAGCCAGGAGCCAUAGGUGUCGGCAUUGGUGCUGCUUGUUGCUUGAUAUUCUUCCCGCAGUCUACUUCCUAUGCGGUUCUUCGAAAAAUGGAGCAACUCACCCGCAUGUUUGAUAUACCCCUUGACCUGACUCAGAAACGAUUUGCUGCUCAAAAACUGGAAGUGGCGCAGCUGAGGCAAACAAAGGACGGCAUGAUUGCACUUUAUAAAGCCAUGGAACCGGAAAUCGCCUUCCUCCCUCUAGAUAUUUCCCGUGGCCGGUGGAACGCCGACCAUGUCAAGGGUCUACAGGAAUGCAUCCGCCAGACCAUGAUAGCCAGCACAUCGUUGCUCGAUUUUCACAUCACCACCAUUUUAGCUCUGCAGAAAGAAAGCAAAGCCGGCUUGCAGUACGAUAAGCACUCGAGUGACGGACCGACCGGCGAAAAAGGCAGUCACGAGAUUGGUCAACGUGAUGUUUUGCAAUACGCGGAGUUGAUGAAAGCACUGCGAACGCCCGAGCAGAGCGAUCUUCGCAUUCGGAUGAUGGAAGCUAUGCGCGAAACAACCGCUCAAGUACUGCAAGCUUCUUCAGAGUCCAUCUCAAUCGUGGCCGAGUGUAUUAAUACCGUCAAUACUCGUCGAUGGAUACGCCAGCCAUCCCAGCAAGUGUUUGAUGGGCUAAUUCAACGACUGGAGACAGCUCUAGCGGCGUUACAGUCUGCCCGCGAGUCCUGUGUUACCAAUACCACUGAGGCAAUUAUAGAGUGCCACUCUGAUCUUUUUGACCAAGAUGGCCAGCUCAAGGUAUCAGACACUCUCCAGCCACAGUCUCUACAGGCGAUGAUGGUGGCCAUGGUAUUAGAAGAGCGGAUCCUCAGCAUGGCCGCGGCAACGGAGACAUUUCUGAGCCACGUUCUACAGUUGACAACGUCGCAAACGCGACAUCGCAUCUGGCUCCCGUCCCGCAUACGUUACGCCUUUCACUGGAUUUUCAGUGGGAGGGAAUCAAUUCCCAUCGCCGGGGUGUCUGAUGACGGCGGUGAAGAUGAUCCAGACGCGGCCGAUGAACAGUCCAAGGAGGUGCGACAGCGGCUCCGCCUCAUUCGAGGCUACGAGUCUCCUACUCGAGCAGGCCCAGUCGCCAGAGCCGUUGCCGGGACCUACCGUUGGUUCACCAACCCAGCCGGCAUGUAUGCAAUGCGAAUGGUUGUCGUAACACUUGCCACUGCCAUUCCCGCAUCAAUCCCUCACUCGGCCGGCUUCUUCUAUCGCGAGAAGGGAUUGUGGGCUGUCAUCACCGCGCAGACAUGCGUGCUUCUCUACAUGGCUGAUUUUACUUUUUCUCUCAUCUCCAGAUUCCUCGGCACAGUGAUUGGAGGAGUCUUUGGCCUUGUUGCGUGGUACAUAGGGUCUGGUAGUGGCCCAGGCAACCCAUAUGGGCUGGCCGCUAGCGUGGCAGUUUUCACCGUGAUAAGUAUGUGGUUGAGGGUAUUCUUACCGCUCGCAUAUACCCAAGCAACGGCCAUGUGCGGCGUCACCUUCAUCCUCAUCAUUGGCUUCAGCUAUGACAAUGUCCAUUUGCCGCAGUACGGAAACCCAGGCAGAGGCUAUGAGGCAUUCUGGAAGCGAUUGGUCACUGUCUUGUUGGGAUUUCUCGCUGCGACCAUUGUUCAACUCUUCCCCAAGCCCCCAUCUGCCACCGGACAUGUGUCUAAGACUCUGGCGAAUACCGUUCGUACCCUAUCAGACUAUUACGCCCUACUUUUAUCACACUGGAGUCGGACAAACCCGGAGGGACCUAUUGGUGCUGCUGCCAUAGAGGAACUAACACUGGAAGUUGCAGAGACUCUCUCAUCAUUAAAUGGUUCCUUAGCCCUUCUAAAGGUGGACUUCAGUGCGGGUCCCUUCGAUCAAGCAGCUCUGCGUCAGACUCAAGAGCAGUGCCAAAACAUGAACCAAGCACUUGGAAGACUCUUGUAUCUGUCGACUACUCUUCCCAAGGAAUUUCAAGAGAGAAUAGUUACUGCUCUCGGAAUAUUGAAUGAUGGUGCUAUCGGAAACAUCAUGGCCGUGUUGGCAAUCGUCGAACAAGCCCUGCGGACUGGAUCCCCUCUCCCCGAAAGACUCCCUGUACCUCUUGUACGUACCUGCUUUGAGUCCCUAUCCUAUGCACAGCACCAUAAGAUCGAGUUGAACACAUCGCUUGUGCGAGAUGAGAAUUACCGACGGUAUUGUGUUGCCGUGUCGUCUUACCUGAAGUUUCUUACUGCUAUCGAUGAUUUAGUCUUGACUUUGAAGGGAGCACUGGGAGAGCGGCACGUCAUAUAUCUAUGGGAUGACGAUGUUUAA